AUGAGGCUGGCGAGGCCGUACUCGGGGGUGUUCCGGGGCGGGGCGACGGCGCGGACGGGGCCGCACGCGAUGCCGCUGGCGCGGAUCAAGAAGAUCAUGAAGCGGUCGGCGGGGGACGGCAGCGGCGCGGACGGCGCCGGGGCGAGGAUGAUCUCGGUCGAGGCGCCCGUGGUGUUCUCCAGGGCCUGCGAGCUCCUCGUUGCCGAGCUCACCCGCGCCGCAUGGGCCGCCACGCUCGAGGGCAAGCGCCGGACCAUGCACCGGGAGGACGUCGCCCAAGCCGUCCGAGACACCGAUCUCUUCGACUUCCUCGUCGACGUCGUUAAGGACGACGGUGGUGAUGCCGGUGCUGGGGGGCGCGAAGGUCUCCUCGCGCCCGUGCCCGGACGCCAUGUCGACGACGACGGCGCGCUUGACUAG